AUGGCUUACUCCACCAUAACCAACACUCCUUCUACUCGAUCUCUCACGACUCCUCCGUUCUUAUUCUUCUUUCCGACCGUUGUAGCGUUUCUUUGCCUUGUAAGCUUCUUCACUUCCUCUACUGCGUUUAGUAGUGAAUCAAGGCUGGUCGUCUCUGAUCAGCUGUCAAGUGAAGCAGAGGCUCUCCUAAAAUGGAAAGCCAGCCUUCUAAACUACUCUGUUGCUGCUCUCGGUUCUUGGAAGCUUACUAUUACAUCACCAUCUCCGAAUGUGAGUACUAUGGCUUCAUCACCAAUCCACCCAUGCAAGUGGUUUGGGAUAACUUGCAACAAAGUCGGAAGUAGUGUGGUUGAGAUAAGCCUUCCAGAAGCAGAGCUGCAAGGUACGCUUCAUAACUUGACCUUCUCUUCCUUUCCCAAUCUCCUCCGUCUCAAUCUCAGCCUCAAUGGACUCAUUGGACCUAUACCAAUGCAUAUUGGUAGCCUCCCCAAGCUCACCCACUUCAAUCUCUCCAAUAAUAAUCUUUCCGGCGUUCUGCCUCUCACCUUGAGUAAUUUAAGCAGCCUUCGCUUCUUACUCCUCUUUGCCAAUGAAAUCAGUGGCAAGAUUCCUUUAGAAAUAGGGAGUAUGAAAAAUAUGGUUGUAUUAUCAAUAGGUUGGAAUAAAUUCACUGGUUUGAUCCCCCCUGUCCUAGCUAAUUUAACCAAUCUCGAAUAUCUAUAUUUGCAUUCCAAUGAAUUCAGUGGUUCAAUACCUUCAGAAAUUGGAGAUAUGGGAAAUCUGAUUGAAUUAUCACUAGGUCAGAACAAACUCAGUGGUCCAAUCCCUCGUUCACUAGCUAACUUAAGUAAGCUAGAGAAUCUCUAUUUGUAUGACAAUCAAUUUUUUGGUCCAGUGCCUUCAGAAAUUGGAGAUAUGGAGAAUCUGAUUGAAUUAACACUAGGUCAGAACAAACUCAGUGGUCCAAUCCCUCGUUCUCUAGCUAACUUAAAUUAG